GACGUCCAAACCCCGGAACCUGAAUUACACAAUGUUUCCCGUUGAGUUGAGAGAUGUGUGAUGUAGUUAUACAGGUUUCGGUGGUUAAGUCAGGUUACACAGUUUAAUACCAGUGCAUGCAGUGUGGAAAUACACAGUAUUAUGAGCUUUUAAGUGGGUGGAAGAACUGGAGAAAACUGAUCAUGUUUUAAAAGGCAGCUAGCCGAGUUUAAAAGUUUGCACAAAGGAUUUUUUUUUAUUAUUGUUAUUAUUUAUACAUAAAACAAUGGAUGUCGUGGAAGGAGCUGAAGGUGGAGAAAACGUUUUGGAUUUGUCCCAUUUGAACUUAAACAGUGUGAAUUUUGAGACUCUGAGUGAAAAACGGAGGACGGAAACAACCGAGCUUCACCUCAGCUACAACAGACUGGCGGCACUUCCGGUCUCCAUCAGCCGCUUCACGAGCCUCGAGUUUCUGGACGUGAGUAAUAAUGGACUGUCGGUCCUGAGCGACGCCGUUACUGGUCUGACCCGACUCAAGACUUUCAUCGCCAAAAACAACCGCCUGGAUGAGUUCUCUCUGCCCAAAGACCUCAGCUCGUUACAGAGGCUCGAGGUGGUCAAUCUCAGCGGGAACCGCUUCGAGGAGAUCCCCCAACAACUGCUGCAGUUACAGCAACUACACUCACUGUCCUUGGGGGGAAACCGCCUCAAACACAUCCCCCCUGAGAUAGACAUCCUCACCAGUUUGGAGCUGCUGUAUUUAGGAGGAAACAUGAUCUCAUCAAUCCCAGUGGAGCUGGCCAACCUGCCUGUGCUCAGUUACUUGGCUCUGUGUGACAACCGCAUCCAGAGCAUCCCACCACAGUUCACCAGGCUCCACUCCCUGCGUUCUCUCAGUCUCCAUAAUAAUCUCCUGACCUAUUUGCCGCGUGAAAUCCUUAGCCUAGUGCAGCUCCAGGAGCUCAGUCUCCGUGGCAACCCACUGGUCGUGCGCUUCAUUAAGGACAUGACCUAUGACCCCCCGUCACUGCUGGAACUGGCAGGUCGCACUGUUAAAACGCGUAACCUCCGCUACUCGGAGCAGGACCUGCCCGCGGACCUCGUCAAAUACCUGGACCUGGCCAGCAAGUGCCCUAACCCCAAGUGCGGAGGUGUGUACUUUGACUCGUGCGUGCGCCACAUCAAGUUUGUGGACUUUUGCGGGAAGUACCGGCUGCCACUCAUGCACUACCUGUGCUCCCCAGAAUGCACCUCUCCCUGCAGCUCCAACCCUCAGAGCGAUGCAGACUCGGACGACGACCAGUCCGUCCCGGCCGAUCGGCUGCAGAGAGUGUUGCUGGGGUAGCACGCUCACACACACAUGCUUUCUUACACUCUCACACUCUCUCUCUCUCUCUCUCUCUCUCUCUCUCUCUGUCUGUCUGUCUCUCUCUCUCUCUCUCUCUCUCUCUCUCUCGCUCUGACUGCUCCAGCUUCUUCAAAAGCACUGAAUUUCACAGCCCACCUGAUUCAGUCUGUCAACUAAAGCCAAAAAUGCUUUUUAUUUUCACUCCAGUACAUUGACCCUGCCAUCCUUCUCCCAUUGCUCCAUCUUAAGAUCUAUUUCAGUUCUUAUUAGCUCACGUGAAGUUUGGUAGCUGAGCCUAGGCAUGGCGUGAAUGUAAAACGAAGUUACCGCAGUCUCCUGAAAUUCCGCCUUUUCAUAAAAUAUAAGAUUUUAUGACAUUGCUGCAUUAAAAGCAAACUAGCUAAAAAAUUUUUUAAAAAAACAACGUACAAUUCAGUCUCUUCAGCUGCGGUUUUCUUCACUCAAUGUCUUGUGCUGCAAGUUGCCACUGUUACGCUGUUUUCCCCUCAUGCUCGCUAUCCACGACCAAAUUCUCUGGUGGUUACACAUUGCCAGAGACAACUAUUACGCACACAGUAACAACACUGAGCCUCAUUUAUCAACCUGUAUACGAACAGAUUUAUUUAUUUACUCGUGCUCCUGAGUGCGUGUGCAUGUGUAUGAAGAAUAACUAAUGUAACCCUCGACUUUAAGUGAUGUCAUUAGCACGGAUUACCGCACGUGUAUAUCUGGAAUAUAUAUUGUCGAGGUUAAAUUGCUUAUGUUGUUUACGUUUACAGCAUUCAGCAGACACUCCUUAUCCAGAUUGACGUACAGAAGAGCUUUGGAGUCUCUAUCAAAAACACGUCCUUGUGUUAGUUCACUAGGUCUGGGACUAAGAGUACCACUGAGAACAUUUUUGUGAAAAGCAGUCAUUGUAUAUUACUGGCAUUAGUUAAAGACUAUGAAAAAUAAAGCACGUGAGCCAACGCAACCACAUAAAUUAAGACAAAUAAAACGAAUCAUUCAGUUAUGACAAAAGAAACGGCGGCGUAAACCAUAAACAAAUGCCUUAUCUGAUAGCAUAUUUAAAUCUUGCUUAUUAUUAUUACAUAUUAUUGAAUGUUUUAUUAUAUGUUUAUUGGCAUUGAAGUGAGUCAAAAUAACUUGCACUUCUUCAUUUCAGAGUUUACCCUUUUAUGGAGUUUAUGCAAAUGUGCUGUGUUGGGAGCACUAUUUGCACUUCUGGAGGGAGAAAUGUAGUUCAGUUUGGCUUCUACAAACGUUUACACACAGCAUUUUGAUUAAAGAUCGAUAAACGAGGCCCAAUGUUCAUUGAGAUGCUCCGGUUGUUGUCAUGGUGAUGAACCGAUGUUUUUAAUUUCAAGAGCAGCAGCAUGUUCGCUGGCAAUCGAAACACGUUUUCGGAUUACACGCCAACUCCGAAGUCGAGUCUUUCGAGGGUGUGUUAAAAACCGUACUGAAACACAGUUUGGGAGAGCUGUCCUGCACAUGCCUAAUAUCUCUGGGUACAGUUGUGCCUAAAAGUUUGCAUACCCCUUGCAGAAUCUGCUCAAUCUUAAUAAUGUUAACAAAAUAAUAGGGAUCAUAAAAAUGCAAUGUUUUUUAUUUUAUUUUAUUUUUUUAAAUUUUUUUUUAGAACUGUCUUGAAGAAGCUAUUUCACAUAACGGGGUAAUUUUUUAUAAAUUCAGCUAUUAUCUUGUCUUGUGGACUAUCUGUAAACAUCUGCUACGUGAAAUAGCUUCUUCAGGACAGCACUAAAUAAAAAAACAACAUGGGAUUUUUAUGAUCCCUCUUAUUUUGUUAACAAUAUUAAGGUUCAGCAGAUUCUGCAAGGGGUAUGCAAACUUUUGGGCACAACUGUAUCUUAACAGGAGAGACAUCCGUUUCCCUUCAUUUUCCUCACCAGGUAACUCUGUAGCUUUGGGUUUCAGACUGAAAUGUGAUGCACUACAGAGUUUUCUUGCCUUUUCUACCUGUUGAUGUUUUCUUACACCACUAGGGGCCACGUGGUGCUAAAAUUGUGACUCUGGCAAUAAAGAAUCCUUAGAGACGCAUCGAUAAUUAUUUUUUAAUUUUUUUUUUUAGAUACGUUUUUUAGUACUCGCCAAUAGUGAUACUGAUACCAGAAUGACUAACCGACUUAUUAAUGAAUCAGGGGUGUUUUAUAACAUGUUAUUUAGCUCCGUUUGUGUUCUGGUUUCGAUAGUGGCCGUGAAAAGCGCACAAGUGUGUAUUCAUGCACUUACACUUCUAGGCUUGUUCCAAAUAAUAUUAGGUAGUUAGGCAGAUUUUAAAUGAAGUGGUGUUAGCUAGCUCCAUUAGUUACAUUGUAUCGAGUAGUGUUGCAGAGGAGAAGAGCAGGGACUUGUUUCACUUCGGGAAAGCUCUUCUGUACAGCUGUUAGAAAUGUAUGUUUGAUUGUUUUCAUUUCCAUCAGAAUCCAUUCAUCCUGUCAAGACCAACAUACUGGCAAAGAGCUGUUAUUUUCACUCAUCUCGCGGUGUUUUUUUUUUCUCACCCAACUAGCGUUUGCUGUUUCUACUUGUAUUGUAGGAAAAUGCUGUAAUUCCUCUGCUUGAUAUUUUACACAGUCUGCAGUGCUCUGCUUAGAUUGCUGUCAAUAUUCAUGAAAUGCGUUCGUAUCGCUGUCUGUUUGUGUCAUCUGUUCAUUAGUGCGAUAAUGUACACUUGGAACCUUUUUACAAAUACAAGUAAAUGGGCACUAGGUAUUACUUAUUACUUAUUGUUAUUAUUAGAGGUAUUGAUGCGUCCCCAGUUUAUUUAAACCAGGGUGCCUUGGUAUAUGUGUAGGAAAUAUAAUGUCUGCUCUUACAGCCUUUUUUCUGCUCUGUGUGUCUCUGUAGUUGAUUGAUUGUAUAUGCACAUAUCUUUAGAUUUUUCAAUCUAACAAUUAGACUGUGAAUUUAAAAAAAUACUGUUUGAAGUAAAGUUUAUAAUAUUGCUAAUAUUGAUACAAUAUUGGUACAUUGGUAUAUUAUUGACGUUAUUGAUAACAUGUCAAUGCGUGAGUGAGAGAGUGUGUGUGUGUGUGUGUGUGUGUGUGUGUGUGUGUUAGAGAUCAAGAAAUUGUACCCCUGUGGCCUUGUAGGUACUUCUCUGAGGCCUUUAACAACGUAUGGUUGCAGACAUCUUUCUUUUAUGUCACGUUUUGUGUCUUCGCUGUCUAUUAAGAUAGCUGUUACAUCCCUUUUACAAGCUAAACCUAUUAACCCGAGGAGGGCCUAAGUAGAAUAUGGUAAAAAAUUUCUGAGGUAUUAUGAUCUGACAUUUAUUCAAUGUGAAACUUUUUUUUUUUUUCUGAACAAUUUAAACUGCAAUUAUUUUCACCUUCAGUCAAAAAUUCUGAAAUAUUUUCAUUUAAAAGAUUCAAAACAUUUCAAUACAUGAGGCGGGAAUGGAUAAAUGUUCAAGAACACGUUUUUAUAAACAUGUAUUUAAUUGUACUUAUUGUCCAUUUGCUUAUCUAGUACUACUCAGUAGUCAGUCUCAAAGGCAUUAUUAGGCAUUAUUUGAAAUGGUUAUUUUAAAGUCAAGACUGACUGUAGCACAUAAAAAUUUGGCUCAUUACACGUAACAUUGAGCUCCAUUUUUAUUUUAUUUAACACGCGAUAUUAACGACUAGGCAACCAAAUGUGAUUUUUAAUCUGGAACUCACUGUGUAUUGCUUUUGUAUCAAUUAACCCUAUCACUAGUUCUGCAUCUCCUUAUAUAUAUAUAAAUCUAAUAUAAAGGAGAUGUAGAACUAGUGAUAAUAGUGUAAAAGUGUAGUGAUGACUAAU